AUGCAGAUGCCAAACUUCCUUAUGAAUAUAGCAACUUUCAUUACUUCUGAGGUGGUGGCUUUGUACCUCUGUUGGAAACUGGCAGUUAUCGCCAUUCCAGCACUAUCUGUAUUGAUCAUUCCAGGAAUCAUUUAUGGGAGGAUGAUAGCUGCACUUGGAAAAAAGAUUCUAUUAUCUUAUGGAGCUGCAGGCUCGAUAGCGGAGCAAGCGUUUUCAUCAAUCAGGACUGUAUUAUCUUGUGGUGGUGAGGAUCAGACAAAAAGAAGCUAUUCAGCAGCAUUACAAGGAAGUUUGAAGCUUGGGAUUAAACAAGGACUCAUAAAAGGGUAUGCUCUUGGAAGCAUAGGCAUAGCUUUUGCUGUAUGGUCUUUCCAAGCUUGGUAUGGAAGCAUUUUAGUCACUGAGAAGAGACUAAAAGGUGGGGAUGUUUUCACAUCAGGAGUUUGCAUCAUUGUUGGAGGACUGUAA